GUUCCAACAAGACCGUAAACUUAACCAUCCAUUCCACAGCUCUAUUUGAUUCCUGCUAAUGCUGCACAAUCUUCCCUCUGCCAUAAUUUUGACCCUUCUACGAUCUCUGUCCAUCGAUUUCGCAAAAUGGAGAAGAAGAAAUGGUCGAUGCUUGAGAACAACCCCGAUGUAAUGAACCAACUGGCAGCAAAGUUGGGUCUAUCGUCUGAGCUCCAGUUCUACGACGUCUAUUCGCUGUAUGAACCCGAAGAGCUCGCACACAUUCCUCGACCUGCUCUGGCUCUGCUGGUCAUCAUUCCACUUACACCAGCUUGGAAUCGAAGCCGCAAGGCCGAAGACGCCGAAAAAGAACCGUACACUGGUUCUGGCCCUGAUGAGCCAGUUAUCUGGUUCAAACAAACCAUCGGCCACGCCUGCGGCUCGAUUGGUUUGCUCCAUAGCUUGAUCAACGGUCCUGCUGUCGACUUCAUCAAGCCUGGUUCCGACCUCGCGGCGAUUCGAAGCCUCGCCAUACCGCUGGAUAUGAACAAACGCGCCAAAAUGCUAUACAACAGCGAAGCAUUCGAACUUGCUCACAAGUCAGUCGAGCAGGCCGGCGACAGCUAUGUGGACCCGACGUGUGAGCGUGAAGGUGGGCAUUUCGUGAGUUUUGUUAAGAGUGGUGGAAAGCUCUGGGAGCUUGAAGGGUCAAGAAAGGGUCCUCUCGAGCGAGGGAACCUCGAUGACGACGAGGACGUUCUCAGUCCACAAGCGCUCAACAUGGGUAUCAAGCGUAUCAUCAAUCUGAAUGGGGAUGGAGAAGAGAGCCUUCAAUUUAGCUGCAUUGCUUUGGCUCGCAGGCUUUAAUCUUUGACUGAGAACUGCCACACACACACACACAUCAAGCCACGGAUAUGCUGUGCUAUACAAAGCGUUCAAAAUGAUUUGGAAAUAUAGUUAUGAUCUUGUCACCCGAAUCAGACAAACCAGAAUGGACGCUCAAAACUCCCUUCAUUAUAGCAUGAGAUACUUAGC